AUGGACCCUUUGGAGGAGAUGGGGCUGCCAUCCAAGGGCGAAACGAGGUUGAAAAGUGCCAAAGCGCAAGAAGACUACUAUAAACUUAUCGCCGAGCGCUAUUUGAGCUUUUGCUCUGACGCAGGAGAGCGCGAUGAGCUUCUCCGGCGAUUCUCGUCCCUCGGCCUGGAGCCCAAGACAAAAGAAGACAACACAUAUAGCAUCGUAAUUCCCGAUACCGCGAGUAUCGAGUCGCUACAACAGCCGUCCAACACAAAAACCCUGUCGACCAUCAUGUCGGCUCUUCGAAAACUACGCGAAGGCAUUGUGGCUUCCAAACGUACCGACGACUUUGCCAUUCAAGCCUACUUAUUCUGCAUUCGCCUCGCCGUCCUUGUAAAGCAGCCAGAGUCGUAUCAUGCUGCCAUUCUGCAUUUGCUCCGAAACAUUCACCCCGAGCACAACCUUACGCUGAUAGAGUUCCAAGAGGUUGUCGCUUAUUUGAUACUGGACACGGCAUGCCGCCGGAGAGAGCUUUCGGAAGCCUAUUCGUUGCGACAAAGAUACGCCCUUAGUGACAAAAAGGUCAAUGAUGCGCUUGCUGCCCUGGCUCACGACAACUUCAUCUUAUUUCACCGAGUGCGCAAAGCAGUUGACGGACAUCGGGCCAGGGUCAUGGAGUGGGCGGAACCGGAUUUACGCCUUCACACACUCAAAUGCUUCGGACGCGCGUACUUGGGCGUCGACUUGAAGUAUCUAGAGACGGCAACUAGCUCAGACUGGAACGAUUUGAAGCAAAAAGACGGCGUUGGCUGGGAGCUGGACGGUGCAAAAGUGGUUAUUCGAAAAAUCAAGGCGCGGUAG